CACUUUCUUUUUUCAAUCUACCAUGAACGAUGGCAUCCUACCCGAAAUUCCGAGCCGCUCUACGACACCUACUCUCUCGGCCCGCUUUGCAAUACCGACGUCCCUCCAAGACACGGUUAAUAAAGUCGAGAGGGCAAGGGAGCUAGAACGAAGCGAAAUUCAGCGUAAUGCAAAUGAAUUACAAAAGAAGGAUGCUUUAACCGGAAUGGUACCGCUCAUGUCCGUCACGGGGAGUGGGUCGGGGGAACAGGCGAGGCUUGCGCUUCUUGAUAAGCGAAAAGGACGUGCAAGUUUAGUUGGAUCACCCAGAGGACGAGAGUCACCAGUGUUAAUGUCAAGACCGGGCUCUAUUGUCCUUCGACCUAGUUCUACUGCAAAUUUGGACUCUGCACCUAGCACCGCCCUUUCCUCCCGUCCCCAGUCGGCAAAGCCCGCCUCAUCAUCAGAACCAGAACCAGAACAGGCUGAAGAUCAAACCCCCACCUCGUUGAUAGAAGAGUACAUAUCACAGUUAACCGCAAGAUCCAUACUGGUGGUUGAGAAGCUCCCCCACAUCCGAUGGGAAAAGAACGGGAUGCUGGAUCUGAAAGAAAAGGGGCGUUUAGUGAAUAGAAUUCUGGAAUUGGAAACAAAGAUUGGGGAGACGUCGGUGGAGAUCACAAAGACCUCGGGGGUGAAGGCAGAAUUGUUGAAAGAGUUGGAUGGAUGGAGAAAGAAAAAGGAAGGGAUGGACGCCAUUUUAACCGAUCUCCUCCUUCUUCAUCGGGACUUGAUCGCCCGUCGAUCCCAAUACUUUGAACAAAUGAUGACCAACUUAUCCCAAAACACCCUAGACUCGAACGUCAGCCUGUCGAGCACAGCUACAACAACCCGACGCACCCGUAGACGAGAUUUGCGAUCCCACAUUGGACUUCAACAACAACGAUCACAUCUGGGGUUGAAUGCAAAUAUGGCGGAUCCGGGUAGAUCACAUUUGACGUUGGAGCGGCUCGGGGAAGGUGGAUUGCGGUCUCAUUUCAACAAUAGUGCUAUGUAUCAUCUGGAACAGGGGAUGGUGCCGCAGCGGGGUUUAGACAGUAGCAGUUCGUUAGGUAGUACGGCUGGUAUAGAGGGUGGUUUUACAAUAGUCAUUGAGCCAAGUGCCUAAAAAGAUGGCAAGUUUCCAGAAUCUUGACAUGUUGAGCCAACACUCACAUUAAUUCAAGAGAAAAUUGCAGCACAGUUUCCAAAAGUAAAAAAAUUCAAAAUUGUAUUUCACAUAAUAGAAUAAUAUGUAAGGUGCAA